AUGAUAAAUAAUUCAUUUCGUAAAACACUUCUUGGAUAUCUCCACCCGUUUGGUUGGCUUUCCACACAUUAUGGCAUAUUUACUUCACCUAAUUCUGAAUCGAUUUCUCAAAAAAAAGUAAGGAUCAUGAGACCAUCAAAACAAAAAUUUAAUAUUUCUUAUAAAGAGUUUGCAAAGCAUUGUGAGCGGCUCGAAUCAGAUUAAGUGACAUAAAUCACAAAAUAAAUCAAGUUGAUUCCAACAGCUUCUCCUGAUGAAAUAAAGGACUUUAUUAACUCAAAUCAAAUAGAAGGGAACAUUACCAAUAUUGCAAAAAAUUUUGAUUUUCUUCCACCAGAAUAUUCAUAAAUUCUAGUUUCCAAAAGCAUAACAUCUCCUACUCCUAUCCAAUAAGCAAUCAUCCCUUUAAUAUUAGAGGGAAGAGAUGUGAUUGCAGUAGCUGAGACAGGAUCUGGAAAAACAUUAGCAUAUGCAUUACCAGGAAUAAUUCAUACUAAAGCAUAACCAUAAGCACUAGGUCCAAGAAUUUUAGUGCUUGCUCCAACAAGAGAAUUGGCUUAGUAGAUUUAAACUCAAUAUGAGCCUUUUAUUAGAACAUGUUGUGUUUACGGAGGAGUGUAUAAGAAUUUACAAUAUUGCGAAUUAUUGGGGAUGAAAGAAUCCAGAAAUAAUAUCAUACUGCCUUCUGUAAUAAUUGGCACUCCAGGAAGAUUGUUAGAUUUUAUGAAAGAUGGUUUGCCUUUGAAUUCAAUCACUUAAGUUGUGUUGGAUGAAGCUGAUAGAAUGUUAGAUAUGGGAUUUGAAGAAUAAAUCAUAUCGAUUCUUCAGGGAAUCAGAAAAGACAGACAAACUUUGUUUUUCAGUGCUACUUGGCCAAAUGAAGUUUAAAGAUUGGCUAACUCUUUUUGUAAUUAAGAUCCUAUCCUAUUGCAAAUAGGAGAGUAAGGAUUGUCAGUCAAUAAAAAUAUUUAGUAAGAAGUCAUAAUUGUUUAUGAAAAUAAAUUUGAGCAAUUUGUUGAGUUAGCAGAAAGAUUGAAGGGAUAAAAAUUGCUUAUUUUUUGUUAGAAGAAGAUUGAUACUUAGAAAUUGGAAUAUCGUUUAUCCUUACAUGGAUUGAAAGCCAGGUAUUUGCAUGGAAAUCUUAAACAAGUAGAGAGAGACUACAUCAUGGAGGAUUUUAAGACAGGGGCUAUCAAUUGUUUGAUCACUACUAAUUUAGCAUCUAGAGGGUUGGAUAUUUCUGAUGUUGAUGUUGUAGUAAGUAUCGUCAUUUGAUUUUAGAUAAAUUAUGAUUUCCCAGAUAAGAUCGAAGAUUACAUUCACAGAAUUGGUAGAACAGGCAGGGCUGGCAAAAAAGGAUUGGCCAUUAGUUUUUUAGAGCCAGGGUUAAUAAAUAAUAGACUUAAAAACGAUUUGGUGUAAGUUCUUCAACAAUCUAAUUAAGUUAUACCUUAAGAAUUAUUUAAUAUAAGGUUAUGA